CGGAAACACACUUUGAUGUUAUCGCAUGUAAGUUUAACUGCCAUCAGCACAGCAGGAAAUCAUGGCAGACCUCGGCAUCGGAGCAGGAGACAAAGUGCUGCUGGUGUGGGCUCAGCCCUCGACACCCACAGCCCUGAAACAGUGCGCAGAGGAGCUGGGAGCUGCUGUGGGUGCAGACGGCAGGGUGGCGGUGGAGAACAUGGAGAGGCUGCUGCUGUCCUCUCAUGCAGCAUCCACCUUUGACUGGGUGCUCUCUUGCCUUCUGGCUGACAGCUCCUCCAUCCACACUGCAGAGACAUUAGCAGAGUUGGCCAGAGUGCUCAAACCUGGAGGGACGCUGGUCCUCGAGGAACCGGUUACAGGCGCAGAAGCACAGAGUGUGAGGACUGCCGAGAAGCUGGUGUCAGCCAUGAAGUUGUCCGGCUUCGUGUCAGUGACAGAGGUCAGUAAAGCCGAGCUCGGUCCUGAAGUGCUGAGCUCCAUCAGGGCAGCCACUGGUUACCAAGGAGACGCCCUGUCUCGGGUCCGCGUGUCCGCCUCCAAACCCAACUUCGAGGUGGGGUCAUCCAGCCAGCUCAAACUGUCGUUCGGGAAAAAGACGCCCAAGCCAGCAGAGAAACCGGCCCUGGAUCCCAACACGGUGAAAAUGUGGACGCUGUCAGCCAACGACAUGAACGAUGAUGACGUGGAUCUGCUGGACUCUGAUGCUCUGCUGGAUGACGUGGAUUUUAAAAAACCAGAUCCAGCUUCCCUCAAAGCUCCCAGCUGUGGAGAAGGAGCCGGCAAGAAGAAGAAGGCCUGCAAAAACUGCACGUGCGGGUUAGCUGAAGAGCUGGAGCAGGAGAGUAAAGGAAAACAGAAGCCCGACCUGCCUAAAUCAGCCUGUGGAAGUUGUUACCUUGGCGAUGCUUUCCGCUGUGCCAGCUGCCCGUAUUUGGGGAUGCCGGCGUUCAAACCGGGAGAGAAGAUUGUUCUGGACAACACCACGCUGACGGACGCCUGAAACGCUGAGUUCAGUGACCUGCACUGCUCACGCUUCAAGGCUUUACAUUCCCUUCUUUUUGAACCACCACAAAGACUCUGAUUAAACCCUGAGGAUCUGUGAGGGGCCUCGCCUUUUCUUCAUAUAUGAAAUAUGCACUGUUUCAGUCCUGAGAUUUUAAAGAUAACGUACACCCUCAUAAAGAUCAGUGCAGUUAAACCAUAAAGGAAUACUGAGAGUGAUGCUGGAGCUUUUUUCCUGCUAGCAUGAUGACGUACCAGCUGACCCAUCCGUCCAGUCCAACUCAAACACAGGUGAACGCCCCGUCAGCCGGCUGAGCUGCACUUCACCAUCAUUGAACCUUCAAUAGAAAUGAGUAAUUGUUGGCUUAAAGUCUGUGGCGAGUGCACCGUCACCUGAAAAGCUGACAUACUUUCUUUAUUCCCUGUAUUUAAACUUACAUUUACACCUGACUUCUGCAGCGUCGAGUGGAAACAAUGUUACCGAGUAAGAUUUACAGACGCUGAGGUCCAAACAAACUGCAUUUAAACUGUACGAAUGAAGGUCUGUAUGUGUGUAAGGGCAAUUACAAUAAAUGAAUAUCAGACUUACAA